GGAAGCUAACAUCUGACGUCACUGAAGAUGAACCUAUCCGCAUUGCUACUGUUGACCGCCGUGGGCGCGGCGUGUAUAAACCAGCGAGUGGACGCUCUUACAAUUGACCAAAUUAUUGGACUGUUGAUGGGCGGCUCUCCUCCCUACUGGAAGGUGAUAUUUGACGUUGACAGCAGCGGAAGCAUAAAUACUACUGAGUGGUACUAUUCCAAACAAGCGACGUUGGAUACCCUUUUCAUAAUUGACAACACGCCAGCUGCGGACAGCGUCCAUCCUAUUAGACACAGGAUCGGGUUGGUGCGAUUCUCUGACGAAGAUGUUACUAAAGUUAUUUUCGGUUUGGGCACGUAUGGGCUCUUUUCACAGAACUAUAUGGCAAUUGCAAGUGUGCCGAAAAAAGGAAUUCAAACAAACACUAAGAAAGGACUGCAACUCUGCCAGAACGAACUUGGCGUUCAAGGCAAGCGACUUGUGUGGAUGACAACAGACGGAAAAUCUAAUCAAGGGGGCAACCCUGUCCCAAAGGCAAACGCUAUGAAGAGCACGGGAAUCGUCAUCUGUGUCGUGGCCGUGGGACCCGAUACCAACAUGACAGAAAUAAAUGACAUGGCAUCCUGGUUAUGGAUUCCUGGUUACAUAAAGCCCAAACGCUGCGUCCUUGAGUUCGAGUCCUUCCAGGCCUAUAAAACCGCUGCGCGUGCCGCAAGAAAUAGAGUUGUGCCUGCAAGACGUAACCGAAGAAUAAAAUAGGCUUAAGCUACGUACAGAAAGUCCCCUGGACUGAAUAGGGAAUGACAUCCCAGUCGCCUGUUUUCACCAAACUCAUGAAUUAACUACGCUAGCACCUUCAAAAUAUCAAAUCCUUUGUCAACGCAUAUAUUCUUGCUCUUGUUAUAGAUGUAAAAUGUAAUGCCACAUUUAUCCGUUACAUCGGUGCUGACUUUUGCCAAGGACUUUCAGUUUCAGAUUUCCACUUUGUGUUACACAACACACAUUCCUAAUAGAAAUAAA